UAGCGUUUUCAUUUUGAGAUUUCACGCCAAAUCAAAUUAUCCGAAAACAAUACUGACUUCAAAGAUCUACAGGAGAUGUAUAUCUGUAAAGAAACAGUAUUGUCGAAUGAUGUGUAUGAUUAUAUUGUGGCGCAUAAUCGGUUAUUCUCCGAUAGUGAUUAAAUGGAAGACCUGUUUUUUGCAGAGCUUUUAUGAAUGAACUUUGCCACUGAAAUUACUACGUUGUUUAUCCAUACACGAUUUUAUUACCGUGAAACGUGAAUCAGUGUGGAUUUUAAGGUACAUCCAUCGCAUACCCAGUGACGUCCAAGACGAGCGGUCCGUUUUUACUUCAGCGAAGAAAUGUCGUACGGGUCAACCUUUAUGCAAUUUGAAGCGAAUGGUCGAAUCAGCAAUAAGUUUUCAAGACAGAGUGUAAGAAGAGAAUCGUUUGCUUCAGAGAGAGAUGCACCAAAGGUCGUUCACUAUGAAAAGCAAUUUGACGUCAACUUGACGCGCGUGACGUCAUCACCACCAGAUAAAGCAAGCGUUAGAGAUUCAAUGCUGGCAUAUUCGAAGAAAAUGAAGUCCAUUCAGGACGCACGUCAUGGAACUGGAAAUGCAAAAGGGGACGCUUUGUUCGUGAGAGCUAAACAUAUUCCAAAAUAUCCAAACAAACCUCCGAAAAAACGCCGACCUAUGUCUUUUGACGAACUACUCGGUCGUGAUAGAGACCAACCCUUAGAUAGGUCUAAUGUGACAAGACAGAGGCCUUUGUCAGAAAAAUUGCCACCGGUAAAGGAACGAAAAGAGGAUCAUAGUGUGACUUUACCGCCAAUAAGUGAGCGUCUACGAAAAACUAGCAAUAGUGUGCAAUUAAGUUUAGUGAGUGCCUCAGACCUUUAUGACAUUGUUGAUUUUAGCCUUCGCAGCAAAGGAACGCGUAACGACAGCCUUCGUUUGCUCGAAUUAGAAAAACACGAGUCCGAAAUUCGGUCUUCCCGUCUCGACCACCAGAAGGACGUUAUCGUGGUGCCGGAUAUCGGAUACAACCGUUUCGAACAAUCCACUGAGAGCAGACGACAUGACGAGAGGAGACAAUACAUGCGGAUCAUUGAGGACCAUACUUACCCAGACAGUCAAGUGCCUAGCAAGGAAUUUUAUCAAGAAAUGUUCGCAUUAGAUAAAACAGAACCUUCAAUAGUCAAGCAAAAUAAGUCAUCAAUUGUAUCAAUUAAUCCAAUUAAGCGCAGACCGCAACGUGCUAAGCGGAUGAGGCUCCUUGAUCCAGGCCUAGGUGAUAUACCAGAAGACAACAUUAUCGAGACGAACAUUUCAGUGUUCCAAUCCAAACGGGAGACGUCCAGGGCAGUGUCACCAGCGCCAGUAAAAAGACAAUCUCCGAAACCGUAUGCACAGUUUCACCAGCUCGAUUCUAUUUCAGAAAUCACCGAAAAAGGCACUACAAGAAAUAUACGCAAUAACCCUGAUAUUGUCUUACCAAAUCAAAGCGCUGAAACACAUGUCAGUGACAUUUCCGCUUUACCGAGCCACCGAUCAGACGCGGAAGAACCAAACAUUUUACCUCCAAUUUUUACCGUGAAAAGUACCACAACAAAGGUGAUAAAAGACGAUGGAGACGUGCGUAUUGAGGUGACCCAGUGUCCGCCCAAGUCAGAGAAUGAUUUUAACAUGAAACUGAAGGCACAAAAACGUUUCAGAAAACUUAUAUUUCUUCGAGACGGGAACAGAUGAGCGCUUUUGUUUUUAAAUAUUCUAGAUAACACUGUAUGGGUCAUUUGACACAGCAUCGCCAUGUUUAUACUUAACUAUAUAUGCAAUUGGAGACAAAUAAAUUACUUUUGAGCAAAACGGAUUUCGGGUCAAGCACUUAAAUUAUGUUAGGUAAAGUAAAUUUAGUAUAGUUUCCUCAAUAACAAGGGUUUGCGGAUUAAAAAUUCAAAAUGAAGUGAUCCCAUUUUUUGCUGGGCUAUAGAGCUUUUUUGCUGGGAUAAGUAUUAUGAAUGCAAAACAAUUAAUUAAACUUUUAACUUCACAAAUAGUAUAUGCUUGCUAAAAAUUAAACCACCUGUUUGCCCGCUCAAAUUGUUUUCAGAAAAAAAGAGUUUAAUGAAUACAAAAGUUCACAUGUAAAAUGGCUGUCAACUGCACAAGUAUUAACCUUGUGUAUCCCAAAUGCAAAUACCCUUUAGAAGUCGGUAGUGUUUUUAAUUAUCCAGUUUUAUUACAUUCACGACUCGGGUGAGAAUCGCCAAUAAAUAAUACAAUUUAACUGACACUAUUUGGCAAUUCAAUUACAUAUUAAACCGGUCAAGAUAAAUGAUUAAAGCAAAUAAUUGCAAUCUUUACAUUGGAAUUCAAUUACGAAUGUAUUGACUUCUUUAUUUUUUCAUUCCGGAGUUUUACUUCAAAUGAUCUAUUUCAUUUGAUAAAUGAUAUUUUUACUUCAAUGACACAAACGGUAUCACUAUUUGGACAUAAACAUUACUGUCCUAUUGCGUGUUGUAUUAUCUUAUAGAAGGUAAUUUUCAAAUAUGGAUACAGUGGAAGUAUUCUUGUACUCAAAUACGAUCUUUUUGAAUUUGCUUCAAUCUGACUCUCAAAUACCUAUGUAAAAGCAUGUAACUGUUUCGCCGUUUAAUUGGCAAAGUGUUGAGGUACGUGUAUUGCCAAAUAAGUUUGGAUUGAGAUUUAUUUUAGAUUUCUCGUUUCGUUCGCAAAUUCAUGAAUGAUGUAUCUUUCUUUACACAUGUUUAAUAAAAUGUUGAGCUUAUCAAAACUA